AUGUUUACCUUUACUCCAUUACUUGGUGCCCAAUCGUCGGCUUCCAAGGCGUCCCAGUCAGUUUUGGAAUUGGAUGAUGGAAUAAAAAUCCUUGUGGAUGUCGGUUGGGAUGAUACAUUUGACCCCCUUGACUUGGUGGAAUUGGAGAAACAUAUCCCUACUCUUUCACUAAUUCUCCUGACCCACGCGACACCUUCGCACAUCGGUUCCUACGUUCACUGCUGCAAGACCUUCCCUCUUUUCACCCAGAUCCCCGUAUAUGCGACAGGCCCCGUUAUCGCACUGGGUCGCACACUCCUCCAGGAUUUGUACGAGUCCGCGCCUCUCGCUGCGACGUUCUUGCCCAAAGCCUCCAUUUCUGAACCCGGUGCUUCAACAGCCGCUGCGUCCGCCGCAUCUGUGACAGAGGUGGAUGGGAACUCAGAACCGGUUAACGCUGGUCGCAUCUUAUUACAGCCCCCGACUACCGAAGAGAUCGCGAGAUACUUCUCCCUAAUCCAACCGCUGAAAUACUCUCAACCACACCAGCCCACCCCGUCUCCCUUUUCACCACCACUCAAUGGGCUUACACUUACAGCCUAUAAUGCUGGUCACACAGUGGGUGGGACAAUAUGGCACAUUCAACACGGAAUGGAGUCUAUUGUUUAUGCCGUUGACUGGAAUCAAGCUCGAGAAAGUGUCGUGGCAGGUGCGGCAUGGUUCGGAGGAUCCGGUGCGAGCGGGACAGAAGUGAUCGAGCAAUUGCGGAAACCAACGGCAUUAAUUUGCAGUACUCGCGGCGGCGACAAGUUUGCCCUUCAUGGUGGUAGGAAGAAACGCGAUGAGAUGCUUUUGGAUAUGAUCCGGAGUACUCUUGUCAAAGGCGGCACAGUGCUUAUCCCCACAGACACAAGCGCACGGGUGCUUGAGUUGGCAUAUUCAUUGGAGCAUGCAUGGCGCGAUGCUGCUAAGGAUACUCAGGAUGAUGUUCUGAAACGAGGCGGACUAUUUUUGGCUGGCAGAAAAGUCAACACGACCAUGAGACUAGCGCGGAGUAUGCUGGAAUGGAUGGACGAGAGUAUUGUGCGGGAAUUCGAGGCAGCUGAAGCUGCAGAUACCAUCGGUGGCCAACAAUCAAAUGCCGAUGGGCAGCGAUCCAACGACGCCCGCCAGGGUAAGGAUGGCAAGGGUCUUGGCCCCUUCACGUUCAAGCAUCUGAGGACGGUUGAGCGGAAGAAGAAACUUGAGAAGUUACUUAGCGAUCCCACACCGAAAGUAAUUCUUGCCUCCGACUCAUCGUUAGACUGGGGAUUUGCGAAAGAGUCUCUGCGAUUACUGGCUGGUGGUGAAAACAACCUCCUGCUGCUAACGGAUCCACUUCACCAUCGCAAGUUUUCCGAUAGACAAAAUGAGUCUCAUCGGCGGACCCUUGGUAGCAUGAUAUGGCAGUGGUACGAAGAAAGACAGGAUGGAGUUGCUUUGGAAAAGGGAUCUGACGGCGAGAUGCUCGAACAGGUCCAUAGUGGUGGAAGGGAACUGUCAUGGACAGAUGUACAACGUGCACCGCUUGAAACGGGAGAACAACUUCUAUAUCAACAAUACCUUGCCACGAAACGGCAAUUCCAAGAUACGGCCCAAACAAGGGGUCAAGAAAACCUUGAUACUGCUGCUGAUGUCCUGGAUGACCGCUCCAGCUCUUCGUCGGAGGACUCGGAUCCUGAACAGCAGGGAAGAGUGCUGAACUUCUCCACAUCUAUAGCUCAUGCGAACCGCAAUAAACUGGGAUUAACCGACGAGGACCUUGGUAUCAACGUCCUACUUCGACGGAAGAAUGUACAUGACUACGAUGUCCGAGGAAAGAAGGGUCGGGAGCGAAUGUUCCCCUACGUGGCACCAAGAAAGAAGGGCGAUGAGUACGGAGAGAUCAUUAGGCCUGAGGAAUACCUGCGUGCGGAAGAGCGUGAGGAGAUCGAUAUGCAGCAGCGCAGAACCGAAUCGCAGCUGAAAUUGGGCCAGAAACGCCGAUGGGACGAAACCCAAUCUGUCGGUGGACCAGCAGGCCGAAAACAAGGCUCUGACAGUGCAAACAAAAAGGAUGCAGAGAUGCUCGAUAACUUUAGUCUGACUGAAGACGGCGACGACGCCGACGCCGCAGCCCCAGAUGAACCGGAGGAACGAGCAUUCGAAGGUCCUGCAAAGGCUAUCUAUGAAAAGGCGACACUCACCAUUAACGCUCGCCUUGCGUUUGUGGACUUUACUGGAAUCCACGAUAAGCGGAGUCUGGAGAUGUUGAUCCCCCUCAUCCAACCACGAAAGUUGAUCCUCGUAGGUGGAAUGAAGGAGGAAACGAUGGCUUUAGCGACUGAAUGCCAGAAGCUCUUGGUUGCAAAGACUGGUGCAGACGUAUCCUCUGCAACGACCUCGGUUAUAUUCACACCUGCCAACAAGGAAGUCAUUGAUGCCAGUGUCGACACGAGCGCCUGGACAGUCAAGCUAAGUAAUAACCUCGUGCGGCGACUCAAAUGGCAGCACGUCCGGGCUCUCGGCGUUGUCACUUUGACAGGCCAGUUGAAGGCCUCCGAGCAUAUACCUGCCGAGCAAGACACGAGCGAUUCACCCAACAAAAAACAGAAGCUCGUCGAAGACACCACGACCGAGCAACCCACACCGCAAACCACGGAGUCGCAAGGGGCGGGAGAAAAAACCGAGGUCCAUCCGAUUCUCGACGUCCUUCCAGUGAACAUGGCUUCGGGGACAAGGUCGAUGACGCGCCCACUUCAUGUCGGUGACCUUCGUUUAGCGGAUCUGCGCAAGCUCAUGCAAGGUGCCGGCCACACAGCGGAAUUUCGCGGCGAGGGGACUCUUCUCAUUGACCGCAUGGUGGCCGUACGGAAGUCCGGUACCGGUAAAAUCGAGAUCGAAGCAGCUGCUUACCCAGCCUCACCGAAUGCCGCGAUUGCCCAGGGAGCAGGAAGUUUUCUUGCGGUCAAGCGGAAGAUCUACGAGGGUCUUGCUGUUGUGGCAGGGAGCUAG